GGCUCUCUCACAGUUAGCAUGUGUCUGUGCUAACGUUUUAGGCUAUCAGAGUAAGCUUAGGAAAGACAUCAGAGUUGAGUUGAGUUCUCCUUCCAUGACUCCUGGGUGAAUUCACCUAUUACGCUGAAUGCUAACCGCCGUUAAAAACCAAAGAAGAAGAAGAAGAAGACUCGUCUGUGUGUAAAAUGUCCGGGUGUCAACACCCGACAGGACAAACAACAACAUGUGGAUACGACAAAGAAAAGUGCUGGAUGUGAUUUUAACACCUGAAAUCAAGCUGCAGAGAGCAGGUGUUGGUGAGUAAAGAAGAGCUUCCCCUGAGCAGGAGUGGAGCCCCAGUCUGGAUCAGGAGGACACUGAGUCCCCACACAUCAAAUAAGAACAGGAGGAAGAACAGCUUCAAGGACUGGAGGAGGCUGAUACCACCAUGUUCCCCUUCACUCCUGUCUCUGUGAAGAGUGAAGAUGAUGAAGAGAAACCUCAGUCCUCACAGCUUCAUCAGAGACAAAUUGAACAGAUGGAAACUGGAGUUGAUGUAGAGGACUGUGGAGGAGCAGAACCAGAGAGAGACUCACAUCCAGAGAGACGUUUACAACCAGAGAUUGAGGUCAAGAUUGAAGAAUCUUCUGAAGCUGAGACUGAAGACAGUGAUGAUUGGAGGGAGACCAGAGGGAAUCAAUCAGGUUUAAAUUAUGUGGGGAAAUUUAAAAACACAACUGGUAAGAUUUCACACAGCUGCUCAGAUUGUGGUAAAACAUUUAAAAAGAAACUGAAUCUGACCAGGCACAUUAGAAUUCACACAGGAGAGAAACCCUUCAGCUGCUCUGAGUGCAGUAGAAGAUUUAACCAAAAAUCUUCUCUAAACAAACACAAGAGAAUUCACACAGGAGAGAAACCCUUCAGCUGCUCUGUUUGCGGUUCCAGAUUUAAUCAAAAAGGGCAUCUGUCUAGACACAUGUUGGUUCACACGAAAGAGAAACCCUACAGCUGCUCUGAGUGUGAUAAAAGAUAUAACCAUAAGCAAACUCUGACAAUUCACAUGGCACGUCACAUAGUUGAAAAACCUUCUAGCUGCUUUAUUUUUGACAAAAGAUUUUCUUUGUCUUAUCAGUUAGAAGAAACAUUUGGAGGUCAGGCUUCAGGGCUUGAUCAAAACCAAACUGAGGAGAAAAGAGAGGCAGAAAUGGGAGCUGUUGGAGAGGACUAUGGAGGAGCAGAACCAGUCAUGAUGUUCGAUCCAGAUUUACAACCAGAGAUUGAGUUUAAAACUGAAGACCCUUCAGAAGGGGAGACUGAAGACAGGGAUUAUUUGAAGGAUACAACAGGACAUCCGUCAGGUUUAACCUCUGUGGAAAACAUUACAAAUAAAAGACCAAAGACUGAUGAAAAGUCACAUACCUGUUCUGAGUGUGGUAAAACAUUUAAAAUUAAACAGCACCUGAAACAACACAUUAGAAUUCACACAGGAGAGAAACCUUUCUUCUGCUCUGUUUGCAGUAAAAGAUUUAACCAUAAAUCUAAUCUGACACGUCACAUGGCACAUCACAGAGAGAAAUCAUACAGCUGCUCUCUUUGCAGUAGAAGAUUUAAUGCAAAUGGUAUUCUGAAGAAACACAUGUUAGUUCACACAGGAGAGAAACCCUUCAGCUGCUCUGUUUGCAGUUCCAGAUUUAAUCAAAAAGGGCAUCUGUCAAGGCACAUGUUGGUUCACACGAAAGAGAAACCCUACAGCUGCUCUGUUUGCAAUAAAACAUUUAACCACAAGUCUAGUUUGACACUUCACAUGGCACAUCACAGAGGAGGGAAACCCUUUAGCUGCUCUGUUUGUCACCGUACAUUCUCUUGGCAUCCACAGUUAAAAAGGCACAAGUGUGUUGGAGGGCAGGCUGAAGAGCUUCAUCAAAAUCAAACUGCAGAGAAAAGAGAGGCACAAACAGGAGCUGAUGGAGAGGACUGUGGAGGAGCAGAACCAGAGAGGGACUCAGAUCCAGAGAGACGUUUACAACUAGAGACUGAGGUCAAGACUGAAGAAUCUUCUGAAACUGAGACUGAAGACAGUGAUGAUUGGCAAGAGACAACGGAAUAUAAUUCAGGUUUAAACUCUGUGAAAAACAUAGAAAAGGGACUGAAGACUAAUAAGAAAUCACACACUUGUUCUGAGUGUGGUAAAACAUUCAAACAGAAACCAAAUCUGACUAGACACAUGAAAGUCCACACGGGAGAAAAACCCUUCAGCUGCUCUGAGUGCAGUAAAAGUUUUAAUCAAAGAUCUGCUCUGAUCAAACACAUUAUAAUUCACUCAGACGAGAGCCCCUUCGGCUGUUCAAAGUGCAAUAAAAGAUUUAAUGAUAAAGGAAAUCUGACAAGACACAUGAGAAUUCACAGAGGAGAAAAACCCUUCAGCUGCCCGGAUUGUGGGAAAAGAUUUAACCUGAAGCAGAAUCUAAAAGUCCACAUGGCCCAGCACAUACUGGACAAACAUUUACAGAACUUGAUUUGUGAUCAAAGAUUCUAUUGGUCAAAUAAGUCAAAAGAAGACAAGUGUGUUGGAGGUCAGUCUUCAGAGCUUUAUGAUGUCCAAAUAGAGGAGAAAGGAGAGGCAGAAACAGGAGCUAGUGGCAAGGACUCUGGAUAAGCAGAAACAGCCAGGAUCCAGAAAGUUCUGAAUAAACACACACAAGAUACUUAUGGCCAAGGAUAAGCCCUCAGUGAAGAAACUCUUCAUCCCAGUUAUGCCCCUAUGCCAGACUUUUGGACUUGAGCUUCUAUAGCGCGUUUCUAGUCUUCUGACUACUCAAAGGGCUUUAACACUGUAGGUCACACCUACACAUUCACACAUGAUGAUGAUAGAGG